AUGACAUCACAAACAUGCAUGUACUGUUUCUCCAAGCUGGACCACCCCAUCCAUCGAAAGGUUAUAAAAGGCAAAGAUAUCAAGACAAAGGUCAAAGGAUCGUUCUUGUGUCGUAAUCCUGACUGUGUGUUGGUGCCAAACAAAAAAGUCACCAAGUCUAGAGACAACCUGUCUGCCCUCGCCAUUGGCCUUUAUGGCCUUUGCUCGUUACUCUUCCAGGAAACAUUUCCUGAAGUAUCUGCAAAAAUCAGUCAAUCCAACCUUGACUUCAUAAACAAGACCGCAUCCUUCCUAAAUGCAAGAGAAUGCUGGGACACUGGCCAUGAUGCCAGUAAUCGGGAGAAAAGUUUUGAGUUAUGGUUCCGCGCUUUUGACAUUCUCCCUGGUUUACAGAAGCAUAAGCUUUCCUUGGAGGCGGAUAUGUCACAACCCACUCCAAUCUCAGCGUCUGUCUCUAUGGUAUUACCUCUCUCUGAGGUUAUUGAUUGGCCUUCUGAGGGUCCUUUGUUGCUCAAGCGCUCCUCCUACUCAAAUAUUCAGGUGCAGGAUGCUUUCAUUUUCGAUCCUCAAUUGCAAUUUAUACAACGCAGACUAACAGCAGAAGAGAAGCGCGUUGUGAAACGCGGACGUAACCGUGUUGUUCGAUUGUAUCAAUUGUUAGACUCGCAUUCUGUGUGCUUAUCACCUUUCCUCUCUCGCCUGAUGUUGCCUUCUCAAGUUGGCUUACAUGAUGGUACUUUGGGUCCAACCACCAUCGAUGAUACAAUUCUGCCGCUGGUUACCCCAUUAGUCGAUCGUCAGACCCAGCUAAUCCAGCCUUCUCACAUGCGAAAGCUUAUUCGUAAAGCAUCCCUUUCACAGGCUAAAGAGUCCUCAGUCGCACUAGGUAAUUCAGUCAGGUUUUGGAAAUCUUUUUGGCGCAUGGAUGUUCCUUUGCCGGCUCGAAACGUUUGGUUUCGUUUGAUUCAUGGUAAGCUGCCUGCCGCUUCCAAUCUACACAAGAUUAUUCCCUCUUUCUCUCCUUUCUGCCGUCUGUGCAAUCGGGGUUCGCCUUCAGAAACCACUUGUCAUUUCUUAAUUGACUGUAGAAAAAAGUACCUCGCUUGGAAGCUCAUUUGGGCCCACUUCUUUCCUAUGUCCCCAUGGUCUCGUCAUGCACUACUGCAGGCAACCUUACAUCUGAAUUUCCCUUAACAGAAUUCAG